UUAUAGCACCAAGAAAAGAUGAAGACUUUCUGCAAAAAUUUUAUUCCCCAAUAUCUCAUUUUUCAUGUUACUUUCUCUCUCUCUCAACCUGCCAGAACCUUCAAAGCUUUGACUAAGAUUGCAACCCUUCCCCUUCCGAUGUGAUGGGUUUGCGAUUCAGAAAGCUGUUAUCUGAUUCUUACAAUCAAACCCUCUUGUGUUCUAAAUUUUGUGGUUCAUCAGAUGAUGCAGAAGUUUAUUGUCCAACUGUAUAUUCGGAGUAUUGCAAGUUUAAUUGCUCAUGUAAACUCCCUCUCAAUCCUUCAAUUCACCAUACAAGGCCCAGCAAGUUCUUGAUUACAGGUCUGGUACUAUCCUCAGCCUUUUUUCUUGUUUUCUGCUAUGCUAUAUAUUUCAAAUUCUAUUCUGGGUCAAGAAGGAGAGGAUCAGAGGCGCAAAGAAAUGAUACCCAUGAAGAGUUUCUUGAUGAGGAUCAUGGCCCUGUGCUUGAUCAUCCUAUUUGGUAUAUAAACACUGUUGGGUUGCAGACAUCUGUGAUUAAUUCUAUUGCAGUUUGUAAGUAUAAGAGAGGUGAUGGGCUUGUUGAAGGAACUGAUUGUUCUGUUUGUUUGAAUGAGUUUCAAGAAGAUGAGACUCUUAGGCUUUUGCCCAAGUGUAGCCAUGCUUUUCAUAUCCCCUGUAUUGAUACUUGGCUUAGAUCGCAUACUAAUUGCCCUAUGUGUCGUGCCCCUAUCAUCGCAACCCAACCUAGAGCAACAUCAUCGGCAGGUAUCGGUGAAGGUACAAGUGCUGGAGAAGAAACCCAGAUUGCAGUUUCAGUGUUUGAUGGAGAAUCUGAAAGAGGAAUUGAUAGUGGAGAUACUGAAUUGGGUAUUGGAACAGAGGAGGAAGAGGAAGAGGACUUUCAAGAUGAGAAUAGAAGGAAGAGAGUUGAGGAAUUGAAUGGAGAGGAGGAAGGAAUAAUACAGCCAAUGAGAAGAUCUGUUUCCUUAGAUUCUUUAUCUGCUUUCAAGAUCAGUCAUGCUCUUGCCAAUGGUCAUACAACAGAAUCUGAUAGAGUUUCAAGCAGAGAAUUAGUGAAGGAGAAUGAAUCCAAUAUGGGAAUUCUUCCAAAGAGUGUUGGUAGUAACCAAAGCUUGCUAAGGCUCAUGGCUAGUUCUUCUAUUGGGAGGUCACUGCAAAUUGGGCCAAGUUCUAUAAAGAGAUCACUUUCUUGUGGUGGGAAAUUGUUUUUGGCAAGGUAUAGCAGGAAUAUAAACUCUGUUCUUCCUCUGUGAUGCUUUAAAUUUUCCAUUGGAGUCCUUUUUUGAGGUAAGGAAUGUGCAAACUCAGUUCUUUCAAACUUCUGCACAACCUGAUAGAUUUGUAGACUGCAAAUACACACCAAAAUACUGUAUUAAUGAAGACAUGAAAAGUAUGAUACAUCAAGCCGAAACAGGACAAUGAUGUAUUCAUUACAACACCAUGUAAUUGUAAGUAAAAAACCUAUUACAAGUGAUUAUGCUUUUAAGGUACGUUCAUGGCUUAGAAAUUUGUUUGCUUUAAUUUUAGUUCUGUAAACAAUAUGCAGUGCUAGAGCUGAAAAUGAUCCUGAAACAAAAGCUCUAAAAAGUUUCAGUUUGAUCAAACCCUUAAUUCUCUUCAGGCCGAUCAAUGCUUUUGGAUGUUUCUCCCUUUGCUCACAAACAUGUGGAUUAGAUUCUUGAAAAUUAAUGUAAAUUGUAUAUAUCUGAUAAAGAAAAUACUUUCAUUUGCAUUGUGUCAAUUGGAUAAUUUUGUCAUUUUAAGUACAUCAGUUGUACUAGUUGGAUGAGUUCUGGCAAUGCUUCUUUUCAUAUAACCUAUAUGCUCUAGAUUAAAACACUAUUUUAUAAAGAAAAAGCAAAUAUCAACAACUGAAAAGUUGAACUAAAUGAUACCUAAUUUUCUGCUGCCUCAGCUGAUAUGUUUUCUGCCAUUGUUGCAACCUUUUUGUACUAAACCUUCUACACUUUCAAUCUCUUACUCUAUAAUUUCUGUCUCCUCUUAGACAGAUUUUGAGCCCCAUUUUGUUUCGUAAAAAAUAAUUUGUACGUGGAAAAUGUUUUUCCUUGUCAUUGAUUUAUCCACAUGAAAACAAGAGGUGGAUGAGUGGUCGUAGACCUUUCAUUGGAACAUAUGUUAGUUUCUUACAAGAAUUAUGUACAGGAUGGAUCUUCUGUGCAAUAAGAAAAAGGAUGAAAACUUCUACAUGUAUUCUAUUGCAUGGGUUGUCUGUUUAUUUGAAGACAAGAACAAUUGGAAGUGAUUUUUGCAGUGUUUGCCUAAUCAGCUAGGGUAGGGAGAUGGUUCAAAAAUCACACUUGUAAGUGCUCAUUGAAACUGUAAUAAAGGAAUGUGAAAGACAUA